AUGUACGAGACUGUAAAAACAUUGUCUGAAUCCAUUGUUAAUUCAGCUUUAUUCCAUGGGAAUACCAAGGAAGAGAUUUUUUCCAAUUAUGUGGUAGCAUCCUCGCCAUCUAGAGNCGCUCAACAACAACUCCUCACAAACCCUAAUCCCCAAUUGUUGAACCCUUUACUAUCACUUCUCACAAAUUCUAAAAAUGCAUUCUUUCAUCUCUACAACCAAAUGCUCUCACACCCUUUCUCGCACAAUCACUACACCUUCACCCACGCCCUCAAGGCCUGCUCCUCCAACCACGCUCACUCCAAGGCUCUCGAAAUCCACGCGCGGCUCAUCAAAUCCGGUCACUACGUCGACAUCUUCAUCCAGAACUCGCUCCUCUACUCCUACCUCGCCCGCAACGACGUCGUCGCCGCCUCAAACCUUUUCCAGUCGAUUCCCUCCCCCGACGUCGUUUCAUGGACCUCACUGAUAUCGGGCCUCGCCAAAUCGGGCUUCGAGGCCCAAGCCCUUCAACAUUUUUCCGAAAUGAACUCGGAGCCCAGAAGUGUCGAACCCAAUGCAGCCACCCUCGUCGGCGCGUUGUGCGCGUGUUCGUCUCUUAAGGCUCUGAGGCUCGGCAAGUCCGUUCACGCUUACGGCGUGAGGAUGAUUGCCAACGUGAAUGUUGUUUUUUACAACGCGGUGUUGGACUUGUACGCAAAGAGUGGGUCGUUGAAAUAUGCCAAGAACCUGUUUGAUAAAAUGUCUGUGAGGGACGUGAUUACUUGGACCACUUUUUUGAUGGGUUACGCGCGUGGUGGUUACUGCGAGGAGGCUUUUGGUGUGUUUAAACGAAUGGUGCAUAGUGCAGAAGCUGAACCAAACGAGGCAACUGUAGUAACUGUUUUAUCAGCGUGUGCCUCUAUUGGAGCAUUGAUUUUGGGGCAGUGGGUGCAUUCGUAUAUUGACUCACGACAAGACCUUGUGGUUGAUGGAAAUAUUGGGAAUGCUUUGCUUAACAUGUAUGUGAAGUGUGGAGACAUGCAAGUGGGGUUUAGGGUUUUUGACAUGAUUGAGCACAAGGAUGUUAUCUCGUGGGGCACUGUUAUCUCUGGGCUUGCCAUGAACGGUUAUGGGAAAAGAACGUUGGAGCUAUUUUCCCGCAUGUUGGUUGAAGGGGUUGAGCCUGAUGAUGUUACUUUUAUUGGGGUGUUAUCUGCAUGUAGCCAUGCGGGGUUGGUGAAUGAAGGGGUUAUGUUUUUCAAAGCAAUGAAAGAUUUUUAUGGAAUUGUGCCACAGAUGAGGCAUUAUGGUUGUGUUGUGGAUAUGUAUGGACGUGCUGGUUUGUUUGAUGAAGCUGAGGCUUUCCUUAGAAGCAUGCCUGUUGAAGCUGAAUGGCCUAUUUGGGGAGCUCUUCUACGAGCUUGCAAAAUCCAUGGUAAUGAAAAGAUGUCUGAAUGGAUAAAUGGACACCUAAGGGGGAAAAGGGUUGGUGUUGGUACUCUUGCUUUGCUGUCUAACAUGUAUGCCAGUUCUGAACGAUGGGAUGAUGCUAAUAAGAUUCGGAAGAGUAUAAGAGGCACUGGAGUAAAGAAAGUUGCGGGAUGUAGCUGGGUAGAGCUUGAGGUGUACAAUAACAGAUCGGAUUCAAAUGUGUGUGCUGCCUAGUUAGAUGGAUAAGGGAAGAUCAAUGAAGUUUUGACAAGGAGAAUGGUACCAACAAUGAUAUAACCUCAUGAGGUUGAAAUCGAGCAUCUUACCAUUUAUUAAAACAUAUACUUGU